AUGGACCGCGAAUUCUACGUGUCUGUCGAGCUCUACGUCUCCGCUAAGGCCGCAGCGGCCCUGCGCAAGCCGCCAAACAAGAGGUCCGGAGACAAACGCGACGCCGUACGCGCCGCGUCUGGCGGGAGCGACGCGCCCCCCAAGAGAGUGAAAGAGAAAGCGAGCUGGCUCGGGCUCGCCCGCAACUCGACGAACAGCGGCCAGUGGCGGCCCGCACGAUGCAAGCUCGUCGAAGAGGAGGAGGGGUGUCUGCUGAACAUCUACGUCGACGACACGAUAUUGUACCGAUCUAUCUACAUGUACCUGCUCAACCAUACCGACAUCCGAGUCGUCCACCGCUCGCUCUUCGAGCGCCGCAACUGCCUGGCUGUGUUCUCCGUCGCCGGUCAAAUGCGCGGCGCGGCCCCGACCAGCGAGCCGCUGUACAUCCAGUUCGAGGACGAGGAGACGGCGCACACCUGGCUCGCCCUCCUCCGCUCGUACGCCAUGCCCGAGGUGUAUGGCCGCUGGCUCUCGCCCGAGGACGGCGGUCUGUACCGCAUGUGGCGCCAGGUCGACCUCUCCUGUCUCCAGGGCCGCAACCUCGGCGUCCCGCGCCCGCUCCUCGCCGACGACGCCGCGAACGGCGGCCCCGGCGGCCUCGGCGGCGGCUCCAGCGGGGGUCCGAGCGGGGACGGAGACGGGCGCGGGAGCGAGUCCUCGGAGGCGGUCGACAUGGACGUGUACUGCGAGGUGUUCUUCAACGGCACGCUCUGCGGGCGGACGACGGUGAAGAAGGGAAUCGGCUCUCCGGACUGGUACGAGCGGUUCCUGCUCCCGGACCUCCCGCCGUUCGAGAACCUGGAGAUCGUCAUUUGGCGCGAGAAGCGCCUCAGCCGGCCGGUCACCGUCGGGAGCGUGAACAUCGUGCUCGUCAACUUCCGGCGCGGGGAACCCGUCGAAGGCUGGUACCCUGUCGUGAACGGGGGGCCGACUUCGAGCACCCAGGCGGGUGAGAUGCGGCUCAAGGUCCGGGUGGACGAAGAGAUCAUCCUCCCUUAUGCCGCCUACUCGAAGAUGCUCAAGACGUUGCAUUCACGCAAUCAUCUGGAUUGGAUGCGCGACCUAGAGUCCCGCAUGAAGACGAAGAAUGUGAACCAGAACAUUAUGGCCGUUGCCAUCGCGAAGAGUGCUUUGCUGGACGACAUCAUUGAGCAGGCUGACCGCGAAGUUGACGGCACACUGACUUCACAUAACACGCUCUUCCGAGGCAACACUGUGUUCACGAAGACCGUGGAGUUGUAUAUGUCGUGGUACGGCAUGCCUUUCCUCGAAGCUAGCAUAGGCGCCUCCAUCAGGCGCCUCUGCUCCGAGAAGGUGGCCAUCGAGGUUGACCCCGUACGGAUCGGCAAGACGGGACGCGCGGUCGAGAAAAACGUCGAGCUGCUCGUGGUGUGGUGCCAAGAGUUCUGGGAUCGCAUCUAUGAUGCGAGAAGACUUUGUCCGCCGGAAAUGCGUCGUUUGUUUGAGCAUACACGCAGGCUGGUGGAGAGCCAGUAUCGCAACAAGGACGACCAGAGCCGUGAGCUGCCUUGGCAGAGCGUUUCGGCGUUCUGCUUCCUGCGCUUCAUUGUUCCUGCCAUCCUACAUCCGCAUCUUUUCGGGCUUCUUCCAGGCCUGCCUGACAUCUCCGUUCAACGAAGUUUGACGCUUAUAGCCAAAGUGAUCCAGAGUCUGGCUAACCUGAACCCAUCUGUACAAAAGGAAGAUUAUAUGCGCGGUGUCAAAGAGUUCCUCACGAACAGCCUGCAGGCUAUGAUUGACUACAUUAUUGUCGUUUCUACCCCAGAACCUACCAACAAAGGCCCUCAAACCCCUCUUUCGUCUGACAAGCACGAACGCUUACGCAUCAUGAACGCCCUCCGCCAGCGAGGAGCGACGGCCCCCGUCCUCCACCGCGAAGCCAUCCCUCUGCUCCCCCAUCUGCUCGAUAUACCCCGCCAUCUCGCCGUCAUCACCUCCGUCGUCGUACGCUACUCCCGGACCCAGAACUCCCAGCCUCCCAAAGACGCAUUGAGCGGCCCCAGCGUCACGGACGACCGCCACUUCGCCGAAUUCUCCGCCCGCUGUCUCGAAGUCGAGGAACAGGCGCUCUUCCGCGUCAGCAAGCUCGCCGCAAAGCCUCGCAGGCAGCACUCGGAACCCGUCAUCAACGUCCCGAUCCGCGCCACGCCCGCGAGCCCCGCCCUCGCGUCGCCGUCGUCGCCCUGGCGCCUCCCCCUCCGCGAGCGCAAGAUCUCUUCCUCCCGUGGCAACACGAACGGGAACGGGAACGGCGCGGAGGUGUCCUCGCCCGCCAAGCGCAUCCGCCGCAAGGGAAGCCGGCCGUCGACUGCGCCCUCCAGUCCCGAGCGGUCCGAAGAGGGCGGCAGAGGACGCAAGUCGAUGGGCUCCGGCCCGAACCCGGCCUCGCCGCGCUCGCCGCGCACGGCACACCCGCCGCUGCCGUCGCUGAGUCCGCAGACGCCGACGACGGCGGACGCGUCCUUCGAGGGCCGCUCGCGCACAAGGCGGCCCGUCGCGACGGCCAACCCGCACCCGCGCUCCACGUCGACGGAUUCUCCGCUCGCGCGCAAGACCGUGCCGCCGCUCUUGUCGCCGACGAUGGACCCCUCGUUGGACGGCUCGGAUGACGCGGGCAAGCGGCGACGGAACAUCUUCCGCGCAAUCCUGACCCGGCGAUAG